GGUUAGUUACAUAUAAAUUUGCGCAUAUCACUUUCAAAUACUUAAAAGCAUAUUUCAUUUACUUUCAUACGGGAUGCAUUAAAUAUACAAAAUAAUGUGUGUGUGUAUGUGUAUAACAGAGGAAGAUAUCUUUUGAAUAAAAUAUAAUAUAAUCGUAUGAUACUACGUAAAUAUAUACAUAGAUCAUUUGUUUCAAGUGUUAAAACCUACAUAUUUACAUUCACAAGUGCUUAACAUCUCAGUAACAAUUAAUAUCAGAUUGAUAUUUUUGCAAUGAUUUAAUAUGAUGAACCAAGUAUUUCCAGUGUUGCAAGAUUACGGUUAAAAUUGAAGUAGCCAACAAAAUAAAACUCAUCGAAACGAAAAUGCGCACAAACCCUCCGGCACUGAAAUAAAUUACGUUCAAUUUAUAUUUAUAGUACGAGUAUUAAUAAACAGAAAAGUUUAUUAUCCGUUUUAUAAUUCAAGAAUGAAAGUAAACAAGUUUUAUUGCAAUAAUGAAACACAAUGUAACAAUUAUAAAGAAUUCGUCGAAAGCGGAACUAACGAAACCCUUCAAGGAAUUGGCUACACAGAACCAUCAACACCAAGAAAUAUUUCUAAUAAGGCUGUUCUCGGCAUUAAAGAGCUUAAUGGAACAAUAAAAAACACUAACGAUUCCGACAAUGAAAUUAGUUUUAUGCAGGGGCCGGCAGGGAAUUUGCAGUAUCAGCACCGAAAUUUGACUCCGCAGGAAUAUUCUCAGUCAAGGAUGUAUUACAACGCGUCUGAAUACAAGUGCCAAGAUGGUAUUUUUUCUACUGGUGGAAACGGAAGAUUGGGUACCGCAUCUAUUUCACCGGCAUUACAGUUAGAAGGACAACACUAUCUUACUUCAGUGAGUCAAAAAAUGCAGUCGACACCGCAACACCAACUACAGGCUACACACAAUUCUCUAGGCCAACUGCAUCUCCACCACAAGCCAGUUUGUAAUUCAAAUGCAGUCAUUGACGUCAGUGAUGAAAUAUUUGAUUGUGGUCAAAGAAAUGACAUCAAAGAGCGAUCGCCAGCAGUUUCCACUCAAACUCAAUAUUGUGGAAAUCAGACUAGUAACAAUUAUGAACCAAUUGCUUCUCUACCUUCAGCAACGUCAGUUGAUUCUAGUAGUGGGUCAUUGGCUACCACGGUGGCUUCAUCGCAUAUGAUGUAUACAGUACAUCGUGUGGUUACUACAGCACAAAUCCAAACGGCCCUAGGGAACACAUACACUUCUUCUAGCGUUUCAAGCGUUGUCAGCGCUCUACGAAAUGAAGAUGAGAGCAUGGCUGCACCAUUGGCAGCAAGUUUAACAACACUGAAUGGAAAUUGCAUUUUAAAUGUAAAUGGCUGCACUGUUAACCCAGGAAGCCAUUUGAAUAAUAUGGAGGAAAACUCUAACGUCAUUUCUAAUAGUAACCUAGUAAAUGAAACAGGUGUUGGGGACUCACAACAAUCAUCAGCUGUUGGAACAAACAUAAACGUUUUGCCGCAAAAUGCACAAAAACUCUGCUAUGCGUCGGAUAAUAACCACUCCACAUCUAAGCUACAAAAUGUUACUUAUAGUAAUGCAAAUAGUAUAAAUAACUCAAAAGGACUGAAACCGUCAUCUUCAAUGCCAAGGCCAUUGCAAAAUGUGAUACCAACUUGCGUGUAUUUGAUGUCUCGAAUUGCUGUUCAUAUGGAGAUUGAGGGCACAGCGCAUUGUCCUGCGCAAGUUAUGCUUGCCGCUGCCUUGGGGUGUGAAGAGUUGGGAAUCGCGAACAAAUUACUAGCUCAAAGUAUAUUUGGAUUAUGGAUGACCAGUGGACUUUUGGAUAUUCAGCUGAAGUCACACCAUCGUCCUUAUAUAGUAAGAGUAGCGUGGCAGUCUCUACUAGACAAAUUUAGCAGCGGUAAUCCAAUUGAAAAGAAGUAUGACGAACCAAUGAUUAUGCUUAAACGAAACGUAUUCUUCUCGAAACGUGAUGAAGAGAGAAUAAAGGAUCAUCGAAUUUUAGAAUUAUUGUACGAAGAAGCGAAAUAUAACGUGCUAUCUGGUAGAUACGUAAUGGAGCCAGUUCAUGCUUUAAUGCUUGGUGGCAUACAAGCACGAAUCGAAUUGGGACCAUAUAAUUCUCAUACACACACUAUUAGUUUUUUAAGAGAAAACCAGUUAAGAUUUCUCCCACAUCAUGUUGCAAAAAGUACAAAUUGGUCGUGGCUGCCAGUUAGUCGAAAAAACUCGGCUGAAGUUAAGCUUCUUGAGCAAUUCAAGCGCGUUCCUCAAACUGCGACUACAAAAAAGCUUAUACGCAAAUAUUUAGAAUUUUGUUGGGCUCUUCCGUUUUAUGGGGCUGCUUUUUUUCAUGGUCAAGUGGAACAACCUGUACGUGGUCUUAUGAGUUUUGUUAGCCAUAAAGAUGUAGAAGUAAUGAUAGCAGUUAAUGAACGUGGUAUUUUUGUUGUCGAUACUCUAGAAUGCACUUUGCUAUUAGGAUUGAGGUACGAGGAUUUGUCAUGGGACUUCGCCAAGCCUAGUGUGAAUAAUGAUUCCGAGUGCCUGACAUGUAUAUUUAUUCAAUUCGAUGCAAUGGAAAACGGGAUACAAGUUUCGAAGCUUAUGCAAAUUUUUUCCAAGCAAGCUGGCAUGAUAGAUGCUCUUAUUUCACAUUUUGCCGAACAAAUUCGAAAGCUUAAAUUGAACGGAAACAUGGCUGAUCAACAUCCUGAAGAACCGUACCCCAUACAAAACAAUGGAACUGGUGUGCUUUGCAACAAAUUGUCUCGAUUGACGUUGGCGACAUUUGAUGAUGAAGGACGCUGCAUCGGACAAACAGGAUCACUAUCUAUAAGUUAUUAGUAAUUGAAAUUUCAAUUGUAAUCAUGUUUGUAUGCAUUUCUCUAAAUACAAUAUCAUGAUUAAUAACGCCAUU